AUGUCGACACCACCGUCGUCUCCGCCGCCGCGGUCGGGAUCGUCCUCCGAGGACAUCAUCGACACCACACCUUUGCUAUCCCCCGGCUCCCAAUCCGACCCGAACAUCAACUCCCCCGCCAACCGUCGAUCCAUCCGUCGCCAGUCCCUCCGCGAUGCAGCUCGGUUCCUGCGCCGGGCCAGUGGCAGGCGGAUGAUGCGUGAGCCGUCGAUGCUGGUGAGGGAGACGGCGGCCGAGCACGUGGAGGAGAGGCAGAGUGACUGGGCGUAUUCGAAGCCGGUGGUGAUUCUGGAUAUCAUUUGGAACCUCGCUUUCGUGGCUGCCGGGGUUGCGGUGCUCGUUUUGAGCACGGAGGAGCGGGCCAACAUGCCGUUGAGGUUGUGGAUUGUUGGGUAUGGGCUGCAGUGCCUGUUGCAUAUGGGUUGUGUUUGUGUGGAGUAUAGGAGAAGGAGGAGGAGGAGAGUGGGGUUUGGAACUGUGGCUAGUGGUGGAGGGAAUGAUGGGAGUUCGAUUUCUGGUUCAAGAGGUGAUUCUGGUGAUUAUGUGACGCUCGCACAGUUGCAGGAUGAUGGAACCAGCAUCGCGAAGCACCUAGAAUCUGCAAAUACUAUGUUCUCAUUUAUCUGGUGGAUCAUUGGGUUCUACUGGGUGUCUGCUGGUGGACAAGCUUUGGCACAAGACUCCCCUCAGCUUUACUGGCUUUGCAUAAUCUAUCUUGGUUUUGAUGUGUUCUUUGUGGUAUUCUGUGUUGCUCUGGCAUGUGUGAUUGGCAUCGCAGUGUGCUGUUGUCUUCCUUGCAUUAUUGCAAUCUUAUAUGCAGUUGCUGAUCAGGAAGGAGCAUCCAAAGAAGAUAUAGAUCAGCUUGUAAAGUUCAAAUUCCGAAGGGCCAGCGAUAACGAGAAGCUUGCAGUUGGGGAUCAAGAAACCCCUGGUGGAAUAAUGACAGAAUGUGGCACCGAUUCUCCAAUUGAGCGUGUCCUUUCCCAGGAGGAUGCAGAAUGUUGCAUAUGCCUAUCUUCAUAUGACGACGGUGUCGAGCUAAGGGAACUACCUUGUGGACAUCACUUUCACUGCACCUGCGUAGACAAGUGGCUUCACAUUAAUGCCACGUGUCCUCUCUGCAAGUACAACAUCCUGAAGAGUAGCCGGCAAGACAGGGAGGAAGUAUAA